AUCAUACAGAUUCAGAAGACCACGUUUUGGACGGAGAAAGAUUAAGCCAAUACGAGAAAAACAAACAACAGGAGGAAGAUAUAGACAACAGUUCAGUGUAUGAUGAUAUAAACGAAGUGACUAAACAAAUUUCUAAAGCAAGGUCAUAUGCUAAAUCUGCAGAUUUAGGAGGCGUCAAUAUGGAAGAGGAAUGCCACAAAUCAGAAAAGCCACCUGAGAAACUGACAGAUGAAGUUUAUGACGAUAUAUCAGAGGUCACAAACGAAAUUUCCAAAGAACCUUCAUAUGUGAAAUCUGCAGGUCGGCAUAAUAAUUUAUCCCCAAAUGAGGUUAUGUUAGAACACAAACUGAGUACUGGAUAUUUUACAGAGACAUGGAAAGGAAAAUUGAGGCAGAACAUUCCAGUGGUAGUCAAGAUAUUUAAGGCGGGGGCGAAAAAUAUUUCAGUAGAACAACUUACAGAAACUACACACGAGAACAUCGUCAAGUUUUAUGGAGCAUUUGAAGACAAAGCAUCCAACAACAUUGUUUUUCAGUACAUGACGCGAAAUCUAGUACAAUAUUUACAUUCUCCGGAGGGGCAAUCACUUCAUCAAACAGAGUUGCUUGCCGUUGCAGCCCAGGUUGCACGAGGAAUGUCCUGGCUGGAGACUAAGCAAAUUGUACAUUGUGGUUUACAUGCAAGCAAAAUUCUAAUUGGAGAAAAUGAUGACGCUAAAAUUUCCGGAUUGGAAUAUGUGACAACUGAAAAAGUCGUUGCACUUUAUCCUUACACUGCUUCCAGCAGUGAUGAAUUAACAUUUCAAAAGAAUGACGUCAUCACUGUGAUUGGUACCGAAGAUCAAAACUGGUGGGAAGGUGAAAUGAAAGGACAAAGAGGUUAUUUCCCUGAAAAUUAUGUUUCAGCACCUCAAAAAUAUAUCAAAAUAGAUCCGUCUCUGUUCAAAUGGUAUGCCUUGGAAACUCUAAAAAGCGGACAAUGUUGUGUGAAGUCAAAUGUUUGGUCAUAUGGGAUUUUGCUCGUAGAAAUCCUGACACAUGGACAGGUUCCGUAUCAAGGUGUAAAGGACACUGAAAUAUUAUCAAAGUUAAAACAAGGUUAUCGACAUCCAGAGCCAACCCACUGUCCUGAUGAUUUGUAUGAUAUGAUGCUGAAAUGCUGGAAUGAAAAUUCAGAAGAAAGACCUACGUUUGAAACAAUAUAUAACUUUCUUGAAGACUUGAUAUUUGGAUUUUAAACUCCAAAUUACCAAUAUGGUUUUCAUUUUAAUACAUAUGAAGUAACGUGAAAGGUAAUUUUAUAAAAUUAUGUUUAGACAUUUUGUUUUUCGAACAAAACGUCGGAAAACAAUAUUAGAGUAUUAAGUGAAGGGAAAGGGAACACGAGAGAGCUUGGGGGAAACUUUAAAUUAAUUCCUCAUAAACCAUGCUUAUCAUAAAAAGAGAGAAGGGAGAUACACAGGGAGAAAUCACUUCAAAUCGAAAUAGAAAAUACGGUAGUAAAACGACGUGAAAUAUAUACUCCUAACAUUUAAAAUCUUUGUUCUAUUUAUAUGGUUCACCUGGAGUAUUUUGUUACAAACACUAAAUGUGUAUUAACUUGUAUGUAGAUGAUUGUGAUGAGAUAUGACAAAUAGUGUGACAGUCAAAUGAGAAAAGUACCUACCCUAACCGCUAUACAGACCAACAAAGAUCUCUAUAUAUACCUUUAGACACAACUGAGUCAAAACAAAAUAAAUAAAAAUGUUUAUUUAACAGCAUUUGCACAGUAAUAACUACAACUGGAAAGAUAAUGACUGUGUCCGGUGUAGAUUCCAUCGGAAUCAUCAGCCUAGAUUAUUCCUGUCUUUCUGUUCUUUGAAAUUUUUCAAUUUUUUUCUCAGUUUUUUAAGCCCUUUUUUAUUUCCUUUAAGAGCAGUUGCCUUUAAAAUGAUACCAUAUCGUUCAUGUGGUUUGUGAUUUUAAUCGAAAAUGAGAAUUUCUGAAAACAGUUUAACAGAAGCGCAACGCGUCAUGCGCGCUCAAUAAGGAAAUUAGUAUUUGUAUAUCUUCACCAAAUUAUUUUUCUGUCUUCAUAUAUGUUAACAUUCAUGGAACGAUACAUUAGUAAAUGGAAUUUGGACUUAUAUUGUCAUUUUGAUCUAAGCGCUUUCUGAAUUGUAGGAACAUGUUAAGUCUCAUUCAGACCUUUCUAUGACAUAUUUUAUAUGUGGUUAUUUCAUUCAUGUUAAGAUUUGUGCUUUUGUCAGUCAAUUUUCAUAUGAUUAAUUUCCAGCCACAAG